UCCUUGCCCAGCCCGGCCCGGCAGAGGCGGCAGGAGGAGGAGGAGGAGGAGGGCGGCGCAGAGCGCAGACAUGGCGGCCAACAUGUACCGAGUGGGAGAUUAUGUUUAUUUUGAAAAUUCUUCCAGCAAUCCAUAUCUCAUUAGGAGAAUUGAAGAACUUAACAAGACUGCCAAUGGGAACGUGGAAGCCAAAGUGGUGUGUUUUUACAGGCGAAGAGAUAUUUCUAACAGCCUCAUAAUGCUCGCAGAUAAGCAUGCUAAAGAAGUUGAAGAAGAGUCUGAAACUACAAUUGAGGUUGAUUUGACUGAUAAACAGAAACAUCAGUUGAAGCACAGAGAGCUUUUCCUUUCUCGCCAGUAUGAGUCCCUACCCGCAACGCAUAUCAGGGGAAAAUGCAGCGUUGCACUUCUGAAUGAGACAGAAUCUGUGCUGUCAUACCUGGAGAAAGAGGAUACCUUUUUUUAUUCACUGGUGUAUGAUCCAUCAUUGAAAACACUUUUAGCAGACAAGGGAGAAAUCAGAGUGGGGCCUAGAUAUCAAGCAGAUGUGCCAGACAUGCUUGUGGAAGGAGAAUUAGAUGACAGAGAACAGGCAAAGCUGGAAGUAAAAGUAUGGGAUCCAGAUAGCCCCCUUACUGACCGUCAGAUUGACCAGUUUUUAGUUGUAGCACGUGCGGUUGGCACCUUUGCUCGAGCCUUGGACUGCAGCAGUUCUGUCAGGCAACCCAGUUUACACAUGAGUGCAGCUGCUGCUUCCCGAGACAUCACACUGUUUCAUGCAAUGGACACACUGCAUAAGCACAACUAUGACCUGAGCAGUGCCGUUGGUGUCCUGGUGCCCCUGGGAGGGCCUGUCUUGUGCAGAGAUGAAAUGGAGGAGUGGUCAGCAUCAGAAGCUAGCUUAUUUGAAGAGGCUUUGGAAAAGUAUGGCAAGGACUUCAAUGACAUUCGACAAGACUUUCUGCCUUGGAAGUCACUGACUAGCAUCAUUGAGUAUUACUACAUGUGGAAAACCACUGACAGAUAUGUGCAGCAGAAACGUCUGAAAGCAGCUGAAGCAGAAAGUAAAUUGAAACAAGUAUACAUCCCCACCUACAAUAAACCAAAUCCCAAUCAAAUAUCCAGCAACAAUGGGAAACCUACUGCAGUCAACGGAGCAAUGGGAGCUUCUUACCAGGCACAAGCCACAGUAAUAGGUCGGGCUUGUGAAAGCUGCUAUACUCCGCAGUCUCACCAAUGGUAUUCUUGGGGCCCUCCUAAUAUGCAGUGUAGGUUGUGUGCAUCUUGCUGGAUUUAUUGGAAGAAAUAUGGUGGCCUGAAAAUGCCCACACAGACAGAUGAAGAUAAGCUGUCUUCCAGCCAACCUACAGAGGAGCCGCCUGUCCGAACGCACCUGUCGCGGCAGGCCACGCAGGGCACCCCGGUGCGCAACACGGGCAGCCCCAAGUCGGCGGUGAAAACGCGGCAGGCGUUCUUUCUGCACACCACCUGUUGGACAAAACUGGCCCGGCAGGUCUGCAAAAAUACCCUCCGGCUGCGGCAGGCAGCGCGACGUCCCUUUGUCCCUAUUAACUGUGCUGCCAUUAAGGCAGAAUAUGCAGAUCGACAUUGCGAACUUGCUGGGAAUCCUCUGAAGAUAAAAAGUACCAGGAAGCCACUGUCAUGUAUCAUUGGGUAUUUAGAGAUACAUCCCGCUGUGAAACCCAGUGUAAUCAGGUCAACACCAAGCCUUCAAAGUCCAAGUGCAAAACGACUGCUUGCACCCUCCAACCACUCUUCAUUAAGUAUUUUGGGGAAAAGAAACUACAGCCAUCAUAAUGGGCUUGAUGAAUCAUCCAGCCAUACAACAAGAACAAUCAUGCAUGCUGCUCCCCACAUCCACAUGACUAAUGGGAAGGCCUUGCAAGCCAGUGCAAGUGCCAUUAAGACCAGCACCAUUCCAGUGAUCAAGAGCCAGAGGCAAAAUUGGCUUGAUGCUUCAGAUGAUGGUUUCUUUAUAGCUACAGAAGAGACCAGAAAAAUCCGUAAGAAGUUCACCAGGUCACAGCUGAAAAGAGCUUCCAGAACACCUUGUUCUCCGAUCUUUGCAAAGACAAAGUCUCUCAUGAACAAUAGGCAGGCCCCAACAGAGCCAGGACCCAUCAUACACUGAAGAUAUAACAGCAUCAGCACCAUAAUAAUGUCAAAAUCAUGUCUAAUUGUGAAUUCAGACGUAACAGGACUUCCCACAUCUCUGUGACAGAAAUGUUGUGUGGACAUAUUGUGGCCGGGUUCUGUGUUCUGGGCAGGAUCCAACAGCAGCCCUUGUUUUCCCUCAUCUCUGCCAGGGCUUCUUCUGGUUCACUGUACAGGCCUAUCCUGGAUUCCCUCUGUUCCCAGACAACGGUGUUGGCUGGUCAGGGAGGGGCUGUUUGCACUGCUCCCACUGAAUGAAUGCAGAGUCCACCCAUCACAUUUGUCUAUGCCUUCUUGUGGCUCAACAAAAAAUAUGCAGCUUUCAAAAUCAUUGCAGUGUCUUUAAAAUGGGAUUUAGCCUUGAGGUGUUGCAUUUUCAAACAGAACUGCAAACUUGGAGUGUUCUUAUUUUUCAGUAUUGGCUUGAGUCACCUUGGGUUUGAUUUUCUAUACUGAAUGUCCACAAGGACAAGGUAUUGUUCAGCAGUUCUGAAACUUAGACUGAAUUUGGAAAUGUCCAUCAUUAGUGUCCAAUUUUGAAAAUGUUGGCCAUAUUAGCUGUGUUUAAAUCCUGGAAAGUAUGAUGUGUGACAGUAAAUAUCCAGCCAGACUAGGUGCAUGUGUAGGAACUGGUCCCAUUGUCUCUGUAUUUGAAAACAUCUGCCUAUUUCUUUGGGUAUUUUUUGCAUUUCUUGAAGCCUAUUCUGAAUAGUGAAAACCAGCAGAACACCAUUCCCAGAAGACAUGAAGAAACAGUUUAUUUCCUAUUAGUAAUGUCUCUCCACAAAAUAAUUUCUACAUUUUUAUAUGUCUGGAUAAAGAGGUCUUGCAGAAUGCUUUGAAUUCAUAAAUGUAAGGCUACAGGUGGAUACUUACCAUGGAGAGAUGAUGUGCCUUUUGUAACUUCUUGUAGGAAACUGUCAGUCUCCCUGAAGGUGGGAAUGGCAACAGAGGCAGGUCUUUUAUUUCUACUCAGGUACUUACAGGUGAACAAUCUCUGCCCUACUUUGAAAUCCAGAGAAAUCCAGCGUGGAGCACUGCUGUGUGAACCUAGGGAUAUAUCAAUCAUCUGAGGCAAGUUGUCCUUCAACAGGAUUGGAUUCCAUAUGGCUUUAAAGAUGUGGUCAGACACUGAACACAUCAUAGCAAACUGAGAUGAGCUUCAAGACUUUUUUUUUUCUCUCUUUACCAGAUAGCUCCAACAGCAUAGUACAGACGUGAGGUUUUCAUCCAGUUGUGGGCAUGCACCCAGCUUUGUGGUUAGAAAGACAAGGAUGUAAGUGACAUCUCAUGCUUCUGGGUGAUCGCCCAAAAAUUAUUUCCCCCCAUGCAUUUUAUUGUUUCAGUCUGAAAGAGCAUCUGUGAUCUCAGCCUAAAACUAGCCAUACUCUCCAUGUAGGAUUUUUUGAGCUCCUAAGACAGUGACCCAGAUGCUUCCUCAAAGAAGAAAGCACUCUGACCUCUUGAAGGGACUUGCUGAUGAUUUUCCAUAAUGAUGGAUACAGGUCUUGUCCACUGUCCUUCACCAGCAAGAAAAGGAUGGAUACAAGGAGAAGUUGAUGACAUGGAGUGCUUGCUCCUAGUGCCCUGAACAUUUUAGCGAAUGUCAUUGAUUCAGAUUCAGUUGGAGAAGACCUGGGAUUCAUUUACCUACAGUACUUUCCAGUAGCCAUUGAAAUGUGCAGCUCUAGAAGUCUUCUAGGCACCGGAUCUGCAUUUUCCUCUAAACAGGAGGGCUUUUUAUCAGACAGCUGAAUGGAGACAACCUACUCUUAUUAGUAAGAAUUGCCUUUAUUAACUGCAACAUAUGGAAACACCUUCUGUAUAAUAGCUUCCUCACCCAUUAGAAUAAAGAGAACAUGAUUAUUCAGCAAUCUGUUUGACUGAAAGUAUGAAAAACAUGAACAUAACGAGCUUUGUCUCCCUCAGACAUCACUGAAAUCACACACAGCAGACUCAUUUUCCAAGUGUUGUUAGCUGUAAGGUGGUAGAUUUUUUUUACCCUGCCUUAUUAAGCCUGUACUCAAAUGAUUUCUUUUAGUCAGUGUGCUCCAGUGUCUAGACAGUAUUUUGUAGAAUCUGUGUGUUCCUGCUUUUGACAAAAAGUAUUAGUAUCUGUAAUAGUCUGAUGUGGAGUCAUUUUUUGUUCUUUCCCUCUGAGGAGAGAGUGACUGGUAACACAGCUCCCUGUCAGCAGCCAGCUGCCUGGUACCAUUAUCUUUUGCAUCAAAUAGCCUAGGUAAGGAAGAAUCCUUUGCAGCUCUAAGCUGAGGUGCUUCCUCUGGAUACACUGGAAAUAAUCUUCCACCUCUGCCCAGCAGAGCCAUUCCCCAGGCUCCAACAGCCCAGCCUUGGGGUGGGUAAGGCCUGGAGGAGACUGAUGGCUGGAACAACUUCUGCUCUGUCCUUCAGCAGUUCUGCAUGCAGCUGCAGAGGGACAUCCUCUCUCCUACACUGCCCACAGUGCACAGAGAAACGGCACACCAGGCAUUGCACCUUAGCUUUUACCUGCUCUCUCUUCAUCUGUCCCUCAAGAUGUUCUCCAGAGAUGGAUGCAGGAUUUACCCGUGAAUUUUGACUGAGAGUGUGGAUGGAAGAUGUGCUCAAAUUGUGUUCCUCCUGCUGGGUUUGGGCAUAAUGAUUUAAAUUUUUGUAGGAAUUGUGAAACUCCUCAUCACAAUAUCAUGCAAUUCCAUGCUUUCUGUUGAGUUAAAAUAUUUUUCACUGGCUGUGAGCGAAGAUGACACAUUCCUCUGUAAACUGAAACAGUAUAUCCACAACAAAUUGGAGCUCUGUACUUCUUUAUCAAUCUUCCCAAGUUACUUAUUUUAAAACCAGCCAACAUAUAUCAGUCAUCAACAACAACACUGA